AUGAAACCCAUCCUCGCGGCGGCGGCCGUCCUCGUCACCCUCGUCAGCGCCCAUGGCUCCCAUUCACAAGAAGAACUAGCCAAUCCAGCCGAGGAUUGGGCAUUGUACCACAUGCAAGAAGAACACCACAUCUCCAAUUUCGAUCCUACCUCGUUCUACUCCCUCCAUGACUUCAACAACGAUGGCGCCUGGACGCCAGACGAGGUCCGAAGGACAUACGGACUCGAUGAUGAAUCUCUCAAGGGUACACCCGCAGACGUCAAAGAUCGAGUUGUCCUCGAGGUCUUCAAGCUCUUUGAUCCGAGCGGUUUGGGCAUCAUCACCCGCGAUCAAUGGCUGAAUGGCAUCCGGGCGGGCAAAAAGCUGCCCGAUUCCCGCCUGGGACCCGGCCAUCACGGAGACGAUGAAUAUGAAUACGAAAUCCACCAUUUCGAGAAAUUCCAUGACGAAAACACUAGAGAAGAGGACCUGGUACAUCCAGAGGAUAUAGAGCAUUUUAAGAAACACGAUCGGAUGGAGGACGAGGCUGAGCGAGUGUUGAAAGAGCAGAAACAGAAUAUCGUGGAGAAGAACAUACCCCUGAAGUUUCGGAGGCAAUCAUGA